AUGACAGCUGUUCAGCGGAGCUGGCAGCAAGUGAAGGAGAUGGGCACGGACGUCUUUGGCGGUCUGUUUUACAAGAGGUUCUUCCAGCUGGAGCCCGCAGCCACGUCUUUGUUUCCAUUGUCUUUGCGCUCGCGCUACAAGAAUUGGGACUCAGACCAGCAAGAAACCGAAGAUCUUUCGGAGUCUCCCGAAGUGAUUGGUAGUGCCGUCGCGGGACUCCAAGAUACGGCCAAGAUGGUUCCCAUGCUCCGGGAGUUGGGGCUGUAUGGCCUCAAGGCUGAGUAUUUCGAUCUGGCUGGUACGGUGCUGCUUGAAGUGCUGGCAGAGUGGCUUGGAGACAGCUUCAACCGGGAGGUCGAGAACACGUGGGUCAUGGUCUCCGGCUUUGUGAUCGCAACCAUCGCCUCCGGCUUCACGUCGGCGCUGGCGGACAUCAAAGCCAAGCAGGCGGAAUUGGCUCAGUUCAAUCAGCCACCCACUCCUGGCUCCACGGCUGGCUCCAUCCGGCUUCCUUGUGACAAGGCAAGCGAUGCUGGGAGUGCUCAGGCCGGAGGAUCUGCAGAUUUUGGCACCCAAUCUGCCCAUACGCCCAUUGCAAGCGUGCGUGACUCGGCCUCUGGAAAUGAUCAGUUUUCGAUGAGCGAGGCGAGCAAAGGCAACAACUACCCCCCUCGGCUGAAAAUUCUCGUGGAUGGCUCCAGUGGAGGUUGCUACGGCAUUGAGUGGACGCUGACAGAGAGCGGCCGUCUUGUGCACAACAGCCACUACGAUCCGGAGUGGCACGUCGAUGCCAUGGGGCCCAGCUACAAAGGGGGCUUCUCCAAACGCUCGGUGACCUAUUCCUUCAUGCCGGGGCAGGGUGCAGUAGGAGAAGCCUUUGCAAGAAAGGAGCUUAUCUUCUUACAGGAAGUCCAGAGGCUCAAUCGACACCUCUCCACCCCCUUCCAGCGUGCGGACUUGGCCAAGGAGUUCGGCAUCCACUCGAUUUUGUUUGUGCCUUAUCCUGAUGGAGUUUUGGAGAUCGGUUCCACCAAGAAGUUCGCGACAAGCGCAGACUUCCUCCCUCGAAAUCUCCUGACGGAUUGUUCCUGA